AUGGUAUGCAGUAUUGCACAUUCCUCUUCACGUGAGUGUGUCCAAUAUGCUAAAGUAGUACUAGAUGAUAAAGUUGUAGUACCGGAAUCAAAGCCAGUGUCGAAUGUGAUGGUCGUGGACAUUCAAAGCAAUCGACUGGCUGUGGUAAAUCCGAGCAUGGAACUGGAGAGUUCGACUACUGCUAGACAAAAGAGCGUCUGGCUCUUGGUCUACUGCUGCAUUGGCAUCAUGGUGUCGUUUACACUAAAUGGUGUCGCAUUGGAAAAGAUCACAACGCAUCGUGUCUUGGGUGAGGUGUCCAUGACGUUUGUCUUUUGCGUCUUUAAUACAGUGCUGGCGAUUGGAUUGAGUCGUGUUCACAAGGAGAAACCAUCCACAAUGCCACAGAUUUUCUUGGCACUUGUUGGAGUGCUUGCUUUUACUUCUACUAUUGCAUCUAUGAUAGCAUUGCGCUAUGUAACAUAUAUCACCCGAAUUCUAGGCAAGUCGUGCAAAUCCAUUCCCGUCAUGAUCAUGGGCGUUCUAUUGGGAAAGAAGUACGCGUUUAAAAAGUAUGUAUCAGUCAUUGUGCUAUCCAUUGGUGUAGCGUUAUUCCUUCUGGAAACAGCACGUGACAAGCAGCAUCACGCAGUGGAGCAUAAUGAGAGCAAUGACAUUUUACCAGAGCAGGCACGCACACCUAACGUGGUGCUAGGACUUUUACUCCUGGUGCUCUCUUUAUUAUUUGAUGGUGCUACUGGUGCUCUCGAGGAUAAAUUCAUGGAGACUUAUCACAUCGGUGCCUUUGACCUUAUGUACUAUGUCAACAUCUACAAGGCUCUUUUCUCAGCAAUUGGAAUGGUGGUCAAUGGUGAGGUACUUGUGUUCUUCCAAUAUGUAGUACCGUUGCUGCCAAAUCUUUUGGUGCUCAGCCUGACAGGCGCUUUCGGCCAAGCCUUUGUUUUCUUUACGAUCAGCAAGUUUGGUGCGCUAACCACGGCCAUUAUCGGCACUUGUCGCAAAGUGCUGAGCAUCGUGCUUUCCAUCUUCUUGUUUGGCCACGUGCUUUCUCUGGAGCAGGCAAUAGGUCUUGGACUAUCCUUCGCGGGUAUUGGGCUUAACUGGGUGAAUAUCAGGAUCUGCUUUGCCAAGCAUUUGCUCGCACAUACCGCUAGAACCGUCGAUCCUCUUGAUGAGUUGUCAAAGAACGGCUUGCUUGAAAGUGAAAGCAGUGAUGAUACUGUUGAUUCAGAGCUAGUUGGGCAGGGAGUACCGAGCUUACUCCACGAUGCAAGUGACGAUGAGAUAUCACCGGAGACAGUUCGUAAACUGGAGCUAGUCAAUAUGUGGUACCGUCAAACAGCUUAUGAAUCCGAGACGUCAUCGAGCGAUGAUGAUGCAUCUGAUACUAACAACUUGGCUGCACUGGCAGUGUAA